AAGUAAUGAUUGCCUCAUGUUUUCAAAACACAUGCUUUUAACGCAAAUGUCUUUUAUUGUAAUUUUAUUAUAAUUUUAUUGUUAAUUAUUAGUGAUUUAAUUGAAAUGUGUGACUAAAUAACUUAAAUAUGAUUUAAUUAAUUAAUUAAUUAUUAUUUGUGUGUCCAUUGAUUUGAAAGUGAAUAAGCGGUUCAAUGAAUUACUUAUUAAGAGUAAGUAAGCCAUCGAUCACUUUAUCAUCGAUUUGUAUGAAAAGCAAUUGGUUUGCAAAGGAGUGGACAUGUCUUCACAAAAUCAAUACCCGUUUGUAUUCACAACAAUCACCACAAGGCAAGAGCUUCUUAGGAAAACUCGUGGAAAACAUCAAACAAGAGAUCUCGAAGAAUAAAGAAAUGAAAGAAAGUCUUAAAAAAUUUAGAGAAGAGACACAAAAACUGGAGGAAUCGGAUGCGCUUAAGAAAGCGAGACAUAAAUAUCAAACCAUUGAAUCAGAAACUUCAAAAGGUUCCCAACAGAUCAUAGACCAGUUGGAAGCUAUUAAAGGAAAAAUAUCGAAAGGUCUCGAAGAGGCACAGAAAACAGAGAUCGGCAAAAAAGCCGGCGAAGUAGCCGAUGAACUGUCAAAACAGGCUCGAAGUGCGGCACAAGUCUUAGGUAAAGGAAGUGAACAACUCAGUCAAAGUGAUGCCUUUAAGACAGUGUCACAGACAGUGAAAGCUGUGAGAGAAGAGAUGACAGAUGGAAAUAAAGUUUAUAAGCGACCGGAAAAACUUCGCAAAAGAAAAGAGGAAUCGGAAGAAACAUUUAGUCAUCAAAAACCUAUUGAACCAAAUGAAACUGCGACCGGCGUUGAGCUCCAUAAAGACAGUCGUUGGUACCAAAGUUGGCAAAACUUUAAAGACAAUAAUCCUUACGUCAAUAAAAUAUUUGAUUGGAAAAUGAAAUACGACGAGAGCGACAAUCCUGUGGUCAGAGCCUCCCGACUCAUCACCGAUAAAGUAACGGAACUUUUCGGUGGAUUAUUCUCUAAAACUGAAUUGUCAGAAGUGUUAACCGAAGUCUGCAAAAUUGAUCCAAAUUUUGAUAAGAAUCAGUUCUUAAAAGAAUGUGAAACUGAUAUAAUUCCCAACAUUUUGGAGGCAAUGAUUAGACCAGAUCUUGGAAUUCUUAAGGAUUGGUUACACGAAGCGCCAUACAAUCAAUUAGCUCAACCUAUACUUCAAGCCCAACAAAUGGGCUAUAAGUUUGAGUCAAGAGUUUUAGACUUAGAGAAUGUUGAUUUGGCAAUGGGAAAGAUGAUGGAUAGCGGACCUGUUCUUAUCAUUACAUUUCAAACACAACAAAUUAAUUGCAUUCGCGAUCUAAAGGGAAAUGUGAUCGAAGGAGACCCGGAAAAGAUUCUUCGAGUCCAUUAUGUUUGGGUCUUAUGUCGUGACCAGAAUGAGUUCGACCCGAAGGCCUGUUGGAAACUAAUGGAUUUGUCGGCCAGUAGUGCACAACAAUGGCUAUGAGUUUUAGACAAUUGUUUAGUUCAUAUUUAGUGUAUAUACAGUAUAUAAUAUAUAUAUAUAUAUAUAUAGACUUAUUGUAUUAAUUAAAUGAUUUA